GUUUUGAUCAAUCCACCCCAUUCCGUCGUGUGCUCUUUGUAACCCACAAACGAGUGCAGACGAGUCACGGGACCCAAAAAGAGCCUCCCUUCAUCGCAUUCCAGUCGACAUUGCUCCCCUAUCGAUCCUUGUCGACCAGGAAUACUCGAUCAAAGGUCGGCUCCAACCUCCCCUUCUCUCGACUUCUUUGCCACUCCUUUCCUCUCGAUUCUUCAGUCGCGACAUCCGCCAAAAGCCUGAACAGGGGGCUCUAAGCGUGGUUACGACCGUUCAGCAGCCGAUUCGGAUCAGAGAACGGCAGUUGACGGAGCGGGAAUCGACUACUCGUCCUUUCUGUUCGAUCCUUUGUUGUUCACGCGACAACCAGGUUGCAACCGCCGAGACACCCAUUGUUUUGGCCAGCAUUGUCCAUCAGGGAGACACUGCAGCGCAUUGCGAGGACACUGUGGGCGACAGACACUUCGAUUGAGAAGAGCAUCCCUCUUACCUUUCGGUCGACUGCCAUCAGACGACACUCUUGCCCAUCAUGACGGUCACCUUUCCUUACUCAUCCGCCCCGGUGCGGCAGAUUAACGAGAUCCAGUUCGGUGUGAUGAGCCCCGAGGAGAUUAAAGCCUACUCGGUGGCCAAGAUUGAACACCCCGAGGUUAUGGACGAGAAUGGGAGGCAGAAAGUUGGUGGUCUUAUGGACCCCAAGAUGGGCACCAUCGACCGCAACUUCAAGUGUCAGACGUGUCUCGAGGGAAUGGCCGAGUGCCCAGGUCACUUUGGUCACAUUGAGCUGGCCCGUCCCGUUUUCCACGCAGGUUUUAUUGUCAAAGUGAAGAAGAUUCUCGAGUGUGUUUGUUACAGCUGUGGCAAACUCAAGGUGGACCUGCGUGAUCCGACCGUCGCGACUGUGGUGAAGAGGACGAAGCCCCAGCAUCGUCUCAAGGCCAUCUGGGCCCUGGCUCGCCCAAAAACCGUCUGUGAACCUGACGCAUUGGAAGAGAAUGACGAUGGGGACGCGACCAACGAGGAUGAGUUUACGCGCGAGCAGAAGGCGAACAAGCCCAAGGGCCACGGUGGAUGCGGUCAUGACCAGCCUCAGUACCGCAAGGAGGGUCUGAAGCUCAUCGGUGUCUUCAAGCCCUCCAAGGACAAGGGAGAGGUACGCCAUGCCGCGGAUAGGGACACGAGGAGCAGUACUGACCUGCUGCAGGAGGGAGCUGAGCCUGAGAGGAGGAAUAUCUCGGCGGCAGAGUGUCACAACAUUCUUAAGAAGAUCCCUGACGACGACCUCGUUAUCAUGGGUCUCAACGCCGAGUACGCUCGUCCUGACUGGAUGAUCCUCACCGUCCUGCCCGUCCCUCCCGCCGCAGUCCGCCCUUCGAUUUCGGUCGACGGCGGUGCCAUGCGCAGUGAAGACGACUUGACGUACAAGCUUGGCGAGAUUCUCAAGGCCAGUGGCCAGGUGCGCAAGCUCGAGGCCGAGGGUGUCCCCCCAAGUGUCGUCAAUGAGCACUUCGAUCUUCUCCAGUUCCAUGUCGCUACCUACAUGGAUAACGACAUUGCCGGUAUUCCCCAGGCACUGCAAAAGUCUGGCCGUCCCGUCAAGGCCAUCCGUGCUCGUCUUAAGGGCAAGGAAGGCCGUCUCCGUGGUAACCUCAUGGGCAAGCGUGUCGACUUCUCGGCCCGUACCGUCAUUACCGGUGACCCCAACCUUCAGCUCGACCAAGUCGGUGUGCCAAGGAGUAUCGCAAUGACCCUCACCUACCCGGAGCGUGUGACUCCUUACAACAUUGUCUACUUGCAACAGCUUGUCAACAACGGCCCGGCAUUCUACCCUGGAGCUCGGUACUACGUCAAGGACACUGGAGAGCGCAUCGACUUGAAGUACCGCAAGUCCGGUGAGCCCAUCAGCCUGCAGUUCGGCUGGAUUGUUGAGAGGCAUCUGAAAGAUGGAGACUACGUUCUCUUCAACCGUCAGCCAUCUCUGCACAAAAUGUCCAUGAUGAGUCACCGAGUCAAGGUCAUGAACUACUCGACCUUCCGUCUCAACCUUUCGGUCACUUCGCCUUACAACGCCGACUUCGACGGUGACGAAAUGAACUUGCACGUGCCUCAGAGUGAGGAGACUCGUGCCGAGCUCAGCCAGAUUGCUUGGGUACCUCGCCAGAUUAUCUCGCCACAAGCCAACAAGCCUGUGAUGGGUAUCGUGCAGGACACGCUCUGCGGUGUUCGCAAGUUUACUCUGCGCGACUCGUUCUGCGACUGGGACUUUGUCCAGAACCUCCUCCUGUGGCUCCCAGGAUGGGACGGUACUGUCCCUGCCCCUGCCAUCCUCAAACCUCAGCCUCUGUGGACCGGCAAGCAGCUCUUGUCACUGUGUAUCCCCAAGGGUAUCAACAUUACUGCCAAGAACAACGAGAAGCCAUCGCCCAUCGACAUCACCGACGAGAACGUCCUCAUUGACAACGGGCAACUUAUCCACGGUGCCAUUGUCAAGAACAUGGCUGGUGCAUCCAACAACGGUCUCAUCCACGUCAUUUUCCGCGAGCUUGGUCCGGUCGUGACCCGCGACUUCUUCUCGGCUGUGCAGAUGAUGGUCAACUACUGGCUCCUCCACAACGGUUUCAGUGUCGGUAUCGGUGACACCAUUGCCGACAAGGCAACCAUGGCCAGCAUCAACAAUCGACUGGUGGAGGCCAAGGACGCCGUGCACAAGUUCAUUCUGGAGGCCGAGGCCAACAAGAUGAAGCCUCGACCCGGUAUGACGAUUCGUGAGACUCUCGAGGCAGCCGUUUCCGGAGAACUCAACAAGGCUCGUGACUGGGCCGGUAAGACUGCUCAGGACAACCUCAAGGCGGACAACAACGUCAAGCAGAUGGUCGUCUCCGGUGCCAAGGGUUCGUUCAUCAACAUCUCUCAAAUGUCCGGAUGUGUCGGUCAGCAGAUUGUCGAGGGCAAGCGCAUCCCCUUCGGUUUCCGUCACCGCACAUUGCCACACUUCUCCAAGGACGACUACGGACCCGAAUCGCGUGGCUUCGUCGAGAACUCGUAUCUCCGCGGCCUCACACCUCAAGAGUUCUUCUUCCACGCAAUGGGUGGUCGUGAAGGUCUUAUCGACACUGCGGUCAAGACUGCCGAAACUGGUUACAUUCAGCGUCGUCUCGUCAAGGCUAUGGAGGACCUCAAGGUUGGAUACGACGGCACUGUCCGCAACUCCAGUGGCGACAUCAUCCAGUUCCUGUACGGCGAAGACGGAAUGGACGGCGCGGCUAUGGAGAAGCAAAGUCUCGACAUCAUCCGACUGUCCGACGAUGCCUUUGAGAGGCGAUACAAGGUGGACGUUAUUGGUGCCACGGGCGGCUUCUCGCGGGGAACUCUCCAGGCUGGCAUCGACCAGUCGUCGGUCGAGCUGCAGACCCUGCUAGAUGUCGAGUUCGGCCAGCUUAUCGAGGACAGGAGAUUACUUCGAGACGAAAUUUUCCCCGACGGCAACCCGGGCCACCCCUUGCCUGUCAACAUCCAGCGUAUUGUCCAAAACUCGCAACAGAUCUUCCACAUCGACCCUCGAGUGCCAAGUGACCUCGACCCAGCAUACGUCGUCGAGACGCGCCAGGCUCUCUUUGACCGUCUCGUCAUUGUCCGUGGCAACGACGGCAUCAGUCUCGAGAGCCAGCGUAACGCCACCCUCCUCUUCGGCAUUCUCCUCCGCUCACAUCUUGCGACCCGUAGGGUGUUGGAGGAGUACCACCUCAACCGUGAGGCAUUCGACUGGGUCAUUGGAGAACUCGAGCAGAUCUUCAACAAGGCCGUCGUUGCAUCCGCCGAAAUGGUCGGCACCCUUGCUGCCCAGUCGAUUGGUGAACCCGCCACGCAGAUGACUCUCAACACCUUCCAUUACGCUGGUGUGUCGAGUAAGAGUGUGACUGGUGGUGUUCCUCGUCUCAAGGAAAUCAUCAAUGUGGCUGUCAACAUUCGUACCCCUGCUCUCGCGGUCUACCUGGACCCCGAGUUCAGCCGAACCGAGACCGACGCCCAUCAGAUCUCGCGCAAGCUCACGCACACGCGUUUGCGUGAUGUUACGGCUUCCGUCGAGAUCUUCUACGACCCACAGCUUGACUCGACUGCCAUCGUGGAGGACCAGGACUUCGUCGACGCAUUCUUCGCCAUCCCAGACGAGGACAUUCGUCUCGAGCUGCACUCCCCAUGGCUGUUGCGUCUCGAGCUUGACCGUGCCAAGGUGCUCGAAGGUCAAUACGAAAUGGCCGACAUUGUCGCAGCAAUCGUCAACACGGUCGGCAAAGACGUGUUUGUCAUUCACUCGGAAGACAAUGCCGAGAAGCUCAUCAUUCGUAUCCGUGUCGUCGCGGCGGAGAAGGAGGAAGAGGACCUGCUCGGCGACGAAGACAUGUUCCUGAAGCGCAUCGAGGGUACCCUGCUCGACCAGGUCGAGCUCGGCGGUAUCCCACGCAUCACUCGUGUCUUCAUCUCCGAGGGCAAGAAGAGCGUGUUGACGUCGAAGGGCGAGUACGACCAGGAGAAGGAGUGGUACCUCGAGACCGACGGUAUCAACCUCAAGGCGGUCAUGCCCAUUGACGGUGUCGACGCAACUCGCGCGUACUCAAACAACUGUUACGAGGUCUGGGAGACUCUGGGUAUCGAGGCCGGCCGAAACGCCCUCUUCAAGGAGCUCAACGGUGUCAUUGAGGCCGGUGGUUCUUACGUCAACUACCGCCACAUGGCCCUGCUUUGCGACCUCAUGUGCAACAAGGGUUCCCUCAUGUCCAUCACCCGUCACGGUAUCAACCGUACCGACGCCGGUGCUCUCUCGAGGUGUUCCUUCGAGGAGACGGUCGAGAUUCUUCUCGAGGCUGCGGCCGUUGGCGACGUCGACGACUGCCGCGGUGUGGCCGAGAAUGUCCUGCUUGGACAGAUUGCGCCAAUGGGCACGGGUGCCUUCGACGUUUCGCUCGACCUCGGCAUGCUGAAGGACGUCAUCGUCGACCACCGUCUCCCCGUCCAAAACAUGAUGCUUGCGGGCACCAUGGGCGGCAUGACGCCGGGCGGCAACAUGACGCCUUACGACAUGGGCUACUCUCCUGCAUGGAACCCCAACGGUGGCGUGGGUGCCGCUGCCUUCUCUCCAAUGCAGUCGUCGAACAACGACGAGGGCGGCUACGGUUUCGCGGGCUUCCAGUCGCCAAUGGUCGGCGGCAUGUCUCCGGCUGGUGGCUUCACGCCAACCUCGCCGAUGCACAACUUCUCGCCCACCUCGCCGUUCGCAGUGUCGUCGCCUGCAUACAGCCCCACGUCACCCUUCGGUGCAGGCUCGGCCUCGCCAUGGGUUGGCCGUGGCGGCGGCGGGUUCGGUGCGACCAGCCCUGCCUAUAGCCCCACCUCACCUCAAUACUCACCCUCAUCUCCUCAAUUCUCUCCUGCAUCGCCUUCCUUCAGCCCCUCGUCGCCUGCCUACUCGCCGGCAUCCCCUGCAUACGCUGGGGCCUCGCGCACGUCGCCAGGAUAUAGUCCUGCUAGUCCAGCGUACAGUCCGACGUCGCCCAUGGGCAUUACGAGCCCUCGCUACAGCCCGACUUCGCCUCAGUAUUCACCCGCUUCGCCGGCAUUCUCUCCGACGUCGCCUGCAUACUCGCCGUCGAGCCCACAGGCAUUCCAGGCAACGAGCCCGAAAUACUCGCCAGCGUCGCCUGCGUUCUCCCCGACGUCGCCGACAUACAGUCCCGCGUCGCCUGUUUACUCUCCCACUUCCCCGACUUACAGCCCCGCGUCGCCCUCGUACAGUCCCACAUCGCCUGCCUAUAACCCCAAUGCGCCGGCUGCUGGCGGCCCGUCAGGAGGCGCGGCGAACGGCCAGGCGCGUCCCGGAUGGGGUAACCAGGCGAAUCGCGGCGGCUACGCCUCUUCGCCGAGCUGGAGCAACACCAAGCGCGACUGAGAAACGUGAUUCGAGAGCGUGAGAGAAGAAGAGACGACGAGAACUAGAGUUUGAGCGUGCGCGUCCGAGUUGAGAGACCCCUUACAUCGUUUGAAACACCCCAAAACUACACAAACACCGAGCCAAAGCCGACAGACGCGCAAAGAGUCGCGUAUUGCAUAGGCUGGAGCGGCCUAAAUCCCUACAUUGUACCCUCUGCUGUUUCGGCCACACAAUGCAUCACUACAAACAGUA